CGCGACUAGCGCACCCUAGCGAUGGGAUUCUGCCCCGGGCAUUCUGGACAUUGGAGUUCCGAUCGCCGUCCCUCGCUUGCCGCCCCAGUUUCCCAGUCCAACCAUCGCAGAACGCAGUCACCAUGCCGAGCUCAUGUAAAGAGAUCCGUGCCGCCCUGGCGCAAUGCCUCCAGGAGUCGGAAUGUGUCAUGGUUCACAGAAACUCGGCCGCCGACUGCCUCCGUCCUCCGCUCGUCGACACCCUCCCGACCCAAUGCCAGCAGUUCAAGAGAGCUUUUGGUGACUGCAGGCGAGGCAUGAUCGACAUGCGCAAGCGAUUCCGCGGCAACCAGCCCAUCACCUUCCAGAAGCUACAGGAGACUGAGCAAUCAGGCGAGGGCUACCAGUUGUAUGCCGGCAAGUCGGCCUUUGCUGGCGGCAAGGGCGUCACGGAUGGCAACAACUCGGCCGAGCCGGACUGGAGAGAGUUGGAGAACCAGAAGUUCAGAGAGGAGGCUGCUGCCGCGGCGAACAAGAAGUGAUCGAGCCGACACGACGGAUACAAGGCAUUAAACCUACACCAUACCACAACAGGUUGAGAUCACGGAAGCGAGGAUAAUCAGGUGUACGAUUGGAAAGAGGGCGAAAAUUAGGGCCUAUAGGCCAUGGGUGGAAUACAAGUAUCAGCAUUGGUAGGCGUUUUGGAUUUUAUGGCGAAAUGGGAGGUUGAAUUGUACCACUUGCCGCCUUGUCACUGCGCGAAAAUGACCUCAGUCUUCUACCGCCUUGCGCUUGCGUCGCGACGAUUCGCAGACACCAGGCUCACAAUCCAACAACUUUGUUGAGCUUGCCAAAUUGGGACCGCCGGUUCAAAAAAGAAAGUCCUCAACUUGGUUACAAGUCACACAUUCGAAUGUCCAAUCCCUGAUUAUACAAUCAUAAACACCCAGUGUUUAACUCGGUGGAAUCGUCAACUCAAAUCUGAACCUCAGUCUCCGUAGUCGUCUGAUUCUGAGAACGGUCAGUCCACAAUCUCUCCAAGUUGAGACCAACACACACUCUCCCCAAAAACGGCGCACCUAUCGGGGCGCUUUUCAUCUACACGUGUAUAGACAAGUACAUAGGCGUGAAACGGGUAUGUGUACCGGUUCGCAAGAUCCAUGCUUCUUCGUCAUACGCAGUAAAGUUACUUAGCCCAGACAAACGCUAAAUCAUGGAGGGGCGGACUUCACUCCGUCACACAUGACCCAAAAGCUGAAGAUGCUAUUGUUCA